AAUUUGCUCUAAACAACUCUACCUUCUAUAUCUACAUACCUUGUCGCUCGCGCUAAAUUAAAACAAAACAGUUUCAGCUGCAAACACCGGCAUCGUACGCCACAAGGAUCUAGGAACCCAGUUCCCAGACUUCCAGCCUACUUGGAGUUAAAUUCAAGUUGGUAAUCAGCGCACAGGCUUGUAUUCCAACGCGCGAAGCAUGCAAAAGAAAAGCGAUGGAGGUCCGCUCGACCUGCUGGAACACUUCAAACCGUCCCAGGAAGCGGAUCUGGCAAUUCACGUGAAGAAGAUCGAAGAGGUAAAGUUGUGGCUUACCGAGGCCCAAAAAAUGCACCCAGCCUCUCAAAUCCUGCUCAUCACGGGUCCGUCGGGCAGUGGCAAAAGCAUUUGCCUUAAAACGCUCGCACAAGCGAUGAACUACGGCAUCAGUGAGUGGACAACUCCGGUCGAUGUGGAUCUCUUCCUUAGCGAUGGAUACGAUUUCGAGGAUAAUCGGGAAGAUAGGAAAGGCCGUCGCUCGCAGAAGGCACUGUUUAACGAUUUUCUCUACAAAACCUCGCGCUACUGUUCCCUGUUCAGUACAGCGAACGAAACCGGCAGGCUGCUGCUCGUGAAAGAUUUCCCCAACUCGAUGCUCCGCUCACCGGAAGAGUUUCACGAUUCGCUGGAACGGUUUCGGGACAGCAGCACCGAUCCGAUCGUGUUCAUUGCCACCGAUACUGCGAGCAAAUCGCUAGAUGUGGCGUACAAUUUAUUCCCCGCAACAAUUAUGGAGAGCUUCCAGAUACACCACAUCAAGUUCAAUGCCGUAUCGGCAACUUUGCUGAAGAAAGCAAUCAAACGUAUAACCGGUAUCAUAAGGGCAGAUGCGCAAAUGUCGAAACUGUAUCAAGCAGUUCCUUCCAGGGCGGUGGAAGAGGACAUUGUAGCUUCAUCGCAGGGGGAUUUACGGAACUGCUGUCUGAACUAUCUGUUCACCUGCAUGAAGUCCGAGGCCGGUGUAUGGCCAAAGCGCUUGCAUCCGACCGGUGACGGUGUUGGUCACAGUGGCAAAAAAAAGAAAUCAACCGCCGCUAACAAGAACACUAACCCGGUGGGAUUGAGUGAAAAUUUAACGAUUAUGCAUGGGCUGGGUCGCAUCUUUCAUCCCAAAUUUGUUAAACAACAGCACGAAGGUACGAGAUUCGUCCAUUCGCCCGAAAGCAUUGCGGAAUGCUUUUUAACGCAACCGGCGAGCAUCGUUUCACUGCUGCACUCAAACUACGUAACCAGAUGUUCAGACAUUCAAAACGUGUCCCGGGCAUCGGAUGCGCUAACCGUGGUGGAUGCUAUCAUGAACGAGUUUAGGAGCGAUCAAUUGGCAACGUAUGGCUUAAACAUAGCUGUUCGAAGCAUGAUGGUGUACAACGAGCAAACCACGCACGGUUUUCAACCGAUAAGGAAAAAAAUUAAGGUUCAGCUGCACGAAAGUACCAAAGCGUACGAAGGACAGCUCAUAAAGCACGGACUGAUUCUGCGCCCGGUACCGACCCGGUUGCUGGCAACGGAGUACAAGGGAUAUGUGUCCAUCAUUUGGAAGCCUGCAUUAAACAAAUCUCACAGUGAUGCGGUGGCCACCCAGUAGCGAACGAGAGAAAACCAUGUACGUGUAAAUUAUAGAAGGUUAAUUAAAGAUAUUUUUUUGUUAAACCAUGCGAA